UCUUAUGGGGUUAUAUUUGGGAUCUUAUAAAAAAAAUAUUCUCUCUCUCGAAUCUCGAUCAGAUGAAGAUACUAAAUCAGCCCCAAUUUACGGUAUCCUUUUUCGUCUUCCAACCACGAACUGAUAGGAAAGCGACGGCGCUCUCACCUCUCUCCAUUUGCCUUCGCAGCGGUGUGAUCUCCCUCCGAUUGAGUUUCACGGAGACCUCAGAUUUCAAUCUGAUAAUGCUCGGUGAUUCCAUUGGUGCAAAAUUCAUAGUUGCAAAGAUGACCUUAGAAUCUCUGAUCCAUAAUAGGUUUAUGGGGGAGGUGCAGCGGUGCGAUGCCAUCAAGUAAGCGGAGGUCAAUCUGGUGAUUAUUGUGAAUACAUAAUGUUAUAGUUCUUCCAAAUUACCCGUGUAAUGCCUGGUAUUACACUUU